GAGCACUGCCAAGAGAUGCAAGGAGAAGCACCUGGAGGAGGCUCUCCAGCUGACACGGGCGCUGAGCGAGGGUCUGCAGGCGCUGGGUGAGGCAGAGGCACGACCCCUGCUCCGCUGUGUCCUGGCUUUCCAGAUGGAGGCAACCAGCAGCUGCAGCUCCUUCCAGAAACUGGAACAGAUGGUGACCCAGCUGGCAGUGGGGAAGGAAGCCCUGCUGGCCCAGGAGGUGGACACACUGCUGAGUGGCCUGGCUCUGCAGGGAGAGGUGCUGUCUCCUGAGGACCUUCAGUCAGUGUCCAUGUUCCUGGAGGAGAGCAGCCUGGGCCGGCAGCACUGGCGGCAGAACCUGCCCCUGCUGCUGCAGCGCCUGGCCAGCACCCUGCACUGGGUGCUGCAGGGCCAGCCCACACCUGGCAGCACCUGGGGCUACCUGGUCAUCAAGGCCUGCCUCCAGGUCUUCCAGGUGCUGCCAAAGGAUGUGGCUCCCUUGGUGUGGAGCACAUCAGGAAAGAGUGAAACCCUGCAGAGCCUCCUGGGACUGCUGCUGGAGGUGGCCUGGGGGAAGGCCCUGAACAAGGACACGAGGCUGCUGGCGGGCACAGCCCUGAGUAUGUUGGUGAACACGGCCCCCCAGCCCCAGCACGGGGCCAGUGCAGUGCUGACCCUGUUCCAGCUGCCCAGCCAAGCAGGCACUGGGGAACUGAAGUUUGGGGAGCUGGUGGUGGAAGUGCCCCCUGUCCUGGAAGCAGAUGGGCUGGAGAAGCUGGUGCUUACCAGAGGUGUGCUGACAUGCUGCAAGAUGGACAUCCUCAGCUGCCAGCUGGAGAGCCUUCCCAACAAGGCCUGCCUGCUGCUGGACGUGGUCUUUCCUGCUGUGUGUGCCCUGAGCAGGGAGCAGAAGGACUGCCACUACUACUGCUUCCAAGCCUGUGCGUUGUGGCUGCAGCGCCUGUGGGAGGGCCUGGCUGCUCUCUGGCACCUGAUGGGGACCCAUGUCCUGGCCCAGGACUCUGAGCUCCUCAAGGAGCUCACCCAGCUGCUGUGGAACAACGCAGAGACCCCGGUGGAAGGUGUGUCUGAAUUCAUCCACAGCUCCUUCCGAUUGCUGCUGGAGAUCUACCACCUGGAGUGCCAGCACUUCCAGGACCAGGAGAGACCCCUCUACCAACAGAUGCUGCAGAGGGUGGUCUCAAUGCCUUGGCAGAUCAAAGCAAGAUAUGUGCCCCUGUGUGCCAUCGUCCCCUACAUGGGCAGCCAGCAGGUGCUGGAUGCCUACCCGGACCUGCCACAGCAUCUCCUGAGCUGCCUCUCCACCAACCACCUGUGUCCUGUGGCUGCCGAGGCCUACAAGGAGCUGGUGCGGCAGCAGUGCCGCGAGUGGCGGGAUGGGCAGCGGGGCACAGAGGAGGCCCUGGCAGAGCAGUGGGCACUGCGCUGGCUCCCCCUGCUCUCCCAGGGCCUCUGCUCUCCCCUGCCCAUCCUGCAGAGCAACAGUGCCAACCACCUCCUCACCUGGACCCUGCGGCAGCUCCCGGCCACACAGGCACUGCUGGCAGCCCAGUUUGGUGGCCAGGACACGAUGUCGCUGCGGGCCUGGGUGUCCGUGCUGAAGGCACAGAAGAGUGUGGCAGGGGCCCUGCCGCUGGGGGAAGCGGCUCUGGAGCGGCUCUCCCGCUGCCUGGGCACCCGUGAGGAGGGCGUUCGGCUGGCGGCGCUGGGCCUGCUCUGCUGCAGCCCCAACACCAACCAGCCCCUCUCGGGCACCGAGGUGCGGCUGCUGCGGGACUUCCUGCCCCUCAACCUCAACUGCGACUCCUCCUCGUUCCGGCAGCUGCUGCAGGCAGCCGUGAGGAAGGCGCUGGUGCGGCUCAGGGACAGCUCGCUGGCCCAGCUGCGGUGGAAGGCGCCGCGACGCUCCGGGCCGGCAGAGGGAGCAGAGCAGCUCGCCCAGGCAGUAGGCUUUGUGGAAUGGCUGCUGCAGCUCUGCAUCGCCUCACUCAGCCCAGGCUCCAACUACCAGAGGAAGAAGACGGCUCUGCUCCUCCUGGCCGCUAUUUUGGAGACCUGCACAGACACCUGGAGCCCUGACAGGAAAAAAGGCCAGCCCCCACGGACCAUGGCCACGCUGCUGAGCUAUGCCAGGCAGAGAGGCUGCUGGGACUUCUUCUCCCAGCCCAAUUUGUUGGCACUGCUGAGCUGCCUGCAGGACAGCACUAAUGAGAUCAGAGACUUGGCCUCGGAGCUGCUUGUCCGCUACUUCCCUACCACAUUCCCUGAGCCCAUUGCCCAGGAUCUCUUCCAGCUGGCCCAGGACACCCUGGGCAGCCCCCGAGUGCAGGAGGCUGAGGCUGGAGCUGUGCUGAUGAAGACCAUCCUGCAGAAGUCAGACAGUGGCACCAUGAAGAGCCUGUCCCUGGAGGCUGAGGCAGCCCUGACACUGCCGAGCCAAGGGCUGUGCUUUGCCCAGCACCUUCUGCACGUGCUGCAGGCCCAGUUCAAGGUGGCACGCCAGGACCUGCUGCGGGCAGCAGCCACAGCACCAAUGCAUGGAGCCAUCGCUGCCCUGCGCAGGUGCCUGCUCCAGGUGCCAGAGGUGGCCGUCUCCAUGCAGGCAGCAGAGCUGGUGCAGAGCUGGCAGGAGCUCCUCACCUGCCUUGUGACCACAGUGAGAGACAUCACCUCCCUCCUCCUGGGGGCUCUGCAGAGCCAGCAAGGCCCUGGUGCUGAUGAGCAAGCUGCUGCCCCAUCAUUUGCAGAGAUGGGCAAUGCCAUUGGCUCCCUCAUCAUGCUGGGGAAGGGCCAGGGGCAAGAGGAAGAGGAGGGUGACUCAGUCCUGCUGUCAGAGGAGCACAGCCUGAUCCUGACGUGCUGCUGGGUGUCAGUGAAGGAGAUUGGGCUGCUCCUGGGGGGCCUGGCUGAGCUGCUGCUCUCCCCAGCACUGCCUGCUGAAGUGGGGCCCCUCCUGCCCCUCCCCACCCUGCAGAUGGCCACCAGGGUGUUCCAGGAGAUCCUGCUGCGAUGCCGGCACUGGGGAGCAGUGGAGGGCUGCAGCAUGGGCUUCACCAAAUUCUGUUCUGCACUGCUGAACCACCCGGAUCCGGAGCUGCAGGCCAUCCCACGGGCUGUGCUGGAGCAGGGCUUGGAGGCCCUGGGUGGGCCGCGGAGCAGCUCGAUCACGCGCCGUGCUGCCGGCUUCCCCAUGCUCUUCCUGUGCAUCGUCAGCGGUGCCUUCCUCCAGGUCCUCGCCCUCCUGCCCACAUCCUUCAGCCUUGGCUUCGCCCAGUACAUCCAUGACACCAUCAGCGCCGAGCUGGGCAGCCUCCUGCAGGGGGGCAAGUCAGGCUGUGCCGAGCCACAGGUGGGCUCAGCCAUCCUCCACCAAACCAUGGCCCACUUCAUGUGCAGCGAGGCAGCCCGGCUGGCGGACAGCGAGCGCAUUGCUGCUGUCUGCACACUCCUCCAGCAGCCCAGCCCUGACAUCCAGCUUGCCAUCCUGAGCAGGGUGAUUGCUGGGGAGGGAGGAUCAUGCAAGGAGCUGGAGAACGCUCUUGGGCUGACAUUGCUGGAGAGCUUGCAGUCGGUGCUGCAAGAGAGAAGGGACAAAGAGUUCCUGAGAUUGUACCUUGAGGCUUUGCUGCAUCUUUACAGAGAUCCUUCGUCAUGGUCCCAGGAAGCUUCCAGUAAGCUCCAGGGCUCCUCAAGAUCAUGCCUGGAGAUGCUGCUGCACAUGGUGGAGGCUGAGUGUCCUGGGCCUGAUCUCCUCUUCCAGGCACUGUGUACUGCCAGCCUGCUGCUUGCCCACCAGUGUGGGGACGAGGACGCUGCGCUGGUGGAGCGCUGGUGUGCGGCCCUGGAGGAGUGCAGCCGCUCCGCCUGCUCCGAGCUGCUGCGGCUGGCGGCCGCCCGCUCCCUGCAGCUGGCAGGGCCCGGCGUGCUGCAGCCAUCCCUGCGUGGUACCCGCUCCCUGCAGCUGGCAGGGCCCAGCGUGCUGCAGCCAUCCCCGCAUGCUGCCUGUCCCUCGCUCGUCCCCGUGGCUCUGAGGCUGAUAAACAUGGCCAUUCACCUUCUGCAAGAUGAGGAGCGGGAGGUUCGGCAUGAGGCCUCAGGAUUCGCCAGCCUCCUGCGGCAGAGCCCGGGGGAACUGCUCCAAGAUGGCUGCAUCUUUGUGCAGGACAAUGUGGGGCUCCAGAGCCUCCUAGAGCUUCUUCUGAGAGAGUUUGGGGAGCACCCUGAGACCUUCAACUCACUACUUCAACACAUCCCCGUCUUAGAUGUCAGGAGUGUUGUGGAGGAGCUGGAGGCCAACAAAGCUGUCAGCCUGUACAAGGAGGAUGAACCCAAUGUUUUUGCAGAGCCAGCUGUCCUGGCACAGCAGCUGCUCCCUGUCCUGGUGCAGCUCCUGGAGAAGGCUCCUACUGGCAGCCCAGUCCAUGCCUCAGCUCUGCAGUGGCUGGAAGCCACAGGCCCUGGUGUGCUGAGGGACCUGCAGUACUGCAGACACUGCUGGAGCCAAGGUCCUGCUGCCCGCUGGGGGAUGAAGGCGCUGGGCUGUGCCAAACUCCACACAGCCCUGGCCGUGCUGCUGGUGAGGGCCCAGCUGGUGGCACAGGUGCUGCGGGUGCUGGGGGAAGGUGCCACCGCCACACCAGGCCUGGGCUGUGGCUCCCAGGAGUUGGAGGAGGAGCUGGAGCUGGUACAGGGGCUGCUGGUGGAGCAGGGGCUGGCUCCUGUGCCAAGGCAGGACAAUGCACCAGGAGAGCUGGGACCACUGUCGGGGACUGACAGCUCCAGGCAUGCAGCAGUGUGACAUGACAUCCUGCAUCCAUCUCCCUCCAUUUCCUGGAUGCUCUCUCUGACCAGCAUCCAGGCCUGAAGGUUUGGUGGUGUAACUCAGGGGAACCCCACUCACAGUGUGGGACACACUCACUUUUGUUCCCAGUUUCUAACUGCAGCUGAGGACUCCAGUACAGCAUUGCCUUGGCCCAUGUCCAUGGUUUCCUUGCCCUCAACUCUGGCUGGCAGGAGGGGACCUGUGCUCCAGAACUCUCACACCCCCUCAUGCUCAACUCCCACCACCUGUUUUUUAACCAGCACUUUGGUCCUUGGCCGACCUGGGCUUUUAUCCCAAAUAAAGAGGCCAAGAACAUU